AGGUGAAGAGCCACAGCCAGCCGUGUGGUUCACUGUCAGUCACCAAGGAAGCCAUGAGGUUCAUCGUCGUUGUAUUCGCCCUAGUCUUACUGGCUGUGGGGACGACUGCGCAAAAUGAGAAAGAGUGCACACCAGGAGAGACGAAGAAAGAGGACUGCAACUCGUGUUUUUGCAGUGACGCUGGGAUUUGGGGCUGUACCCGCAUGGCAUGUCUAUCGUGGCAGACAGCUUCGACACCCAGUGACACAGCCACCAGAGUGAGGCGGUCUGAGAGACAGUGCACUCCCAACACGACGUUCAAGAAGGACUGCAACACAUGCUACUGCAACAGCGACGGGACGGCGGCUCUCUGCACCGCCAAGGGCUGUCUGUCGCGCUCCACAAGGGAAGUGUCGUGCACCCCCGGGACUACAUACAAGGAGGGGUGUAACACCUGCCGCUGCCUCGCAGACGGGAAGUCCGGAGUCUGCACAAGGAGGGCCUGUCUCCCAGACGGCAACUGAGGGCUGAGCAUUGUGUAGUGGCUCUGCACGUAGCUGCUAAGUCUUGCAAAAUUAUUUUAGUCCCUGCAUCUCUAGACCGAUUCAGUUAAAUCAGUUAUGUGUCUCUUCUUUAAUUACUUUCUUCUACUUCUAAUCAAACAUAGAUUUCGAAGUUUUUUCUCCAUUUAGUUCAUUAGUGCAGCUUUUACUUGAACCUUGUCCAAUGUUCGGCAAGCCUUUGGAUUUGUGAUUAUAGGCUUAUUAAUAUAACUUAAUGAAGUUAUUUUAUGUUAAACACGUGCAUUAAUUGAAAAAUAAUGUGACAGAAGGGUACUCUAUCAGUAAUCAAUCAGUAUCGUAUGAAAGGACCACUGCGCCAGCUACAGAAAUGUAAUCACACACUUUUUCCAGCGCUUACAUGUUCUAUGGAAACAUCUUGUUCCCGAAAACAGACAAAUUAUUUGCUGUAAGAACAAAGUCAUCUGUUUUUAAAAUAAAAAAAUACUAUUGCGCGAA